AAUGUUCCGAUAAUUGAAUCCAGCAACAAUAAUAACACACAGAUGAGAAUACACAUGCACACUCUCAUAGAUACGUACGCACGCACACACACACACACACGCACAAAUGUAUUUGUACACCUACGCAUUUUUUUUCAAAAAUGCAAUAAUUAUACUACUUAAUUAAAUGAAUAAUAAAUGACAAAAAGAAAAAGUAAAAAAAAAAGAAAACAAAAACAAAAUAAAAAUGAAUAAAAUAGAAAUUCUUUUACUGUAAAUAAGAAUUCAUACAUUUAUAAUUGGAUAAACUCUUGAUAAUAUUGAACUCAAAUUAUAGUUUGGCUUUAAGAUUUGCAUUUAUCAAAGAAACGUGUAGCUUUAUACAUCUAUAUAUAAAGAGAAAGAGAAGGAUAUACUGAUACCGAUUUAUAAUACGUCAAAGUGAUACAAAAAGUCAAAUUGUUUACAGUUCCUUAUACAUUUACAAUAAAUUAUCAUGUCUAUUUCAUAUGUUGAUGAUAUAUCUGAUGGUCAAGGGAUAUUUAUCUUUGUCAAAAUACUUAGAAGAUGGAAAGGGAGUUUGUACAAAUUGGUAUGGGUCGACUUAUUAAUCUACAUCUCAGCUUAUUAUGUUUUAAAUUUAUCUUAUCGGUUUGCAAUGAAUGACAAGCAAAAAGUAAUUUUUGAAGAAAUUGUUGAAUUCUGUGUUCGAACUAAAGGUGAUAUACCUAUAUCAUUUUUAUUGGGAUUUUUUGUAUCUGGUAUAAUAUCACGUUGGUAUCAAAUGUAUUUAUAUAUACCAUGGAUGAAUCAAAUUGCACUUCAAAUUGCUUCAUCUAUCAAUGCAAAAAGUGAAGAAGGUUCACGUAAAAUUCGUUUAACUAUUAUGCGUUAUAUGAAUUUAGCCUGGGUAUUAAUGAUGAAACGUAUCUCAGAUCAAAUUGCAUGUCGUUUUAUUAAAAAUGAUGAUAUUGGUAGUUUACCAAGUGCAUUAGGUCCUGUAUUACCUAAACGUAAAUCAACAAAUCAUAAACAUUUAAUAAGUAGAAAUACAUGUCAACCAUGGUCAAUUGAUGCAAGUGAAGUGGUACGUACAUCACCAUCAAAAUCAAUAUUACAACAACAAUUAUCCCAAUCACAAUAUCCAAUACAAACUAAAUUAGAUAGUCCAUUAAAUAAUAUAUUUGUUCAACCACAAACACCUAAUUCUUCAGAUGUUCAUACACCAUUAGCACCAUUAGCUACAGAUGAAGAAUGUGGUGCAUUACCUGAUGCAUUUGAAGCAGCUGAUGUUGUAGAAUUAAGAGAAAUGUUAAGAGCAUUUAAUCAAGAUCAAAAAGUGAAAAGUUCAUUUGGUGUAUUAAUUACUGAAAAAGAAAUUUCAUCAUUUGAACGUAUAGCAGCUGAUUGGUUUCGACGUACAAAAACUAAUUAUACACCAGAAUAUUGGGUACCUAUACAAUGGGCCCAAAGAUUAACAUUAAAAGCAUUACAAAGUGGUUAUAUUGAUGAUCCUAAAGUAGCAUUUUAUACUGUUGAAAAUAUUGGUAGAGUUAGACAAAGUAUGCAGAAUUUACAAGUAUACAGUAGUAUUAUGAUUCCAUUAGUGUAUACUCAAGUUGUAAUUAUAGCAGUUUAUAGUUAUUUUAUGUGUCAAAUAUUCGCUUGUCAAUUUGUUGAACAUCGUAAUCAAAAUGGUCAACAUAAUGUGGAUUUAUAUGUCCCAAUUUUUAGUAUAUUCUCUUUCUUAUUCCUUAUGGGUUGGUUAAAGGUAGCUUUAUGUGUUAUGAAUCCAUUCGGUGAUGAUGAUGAAGAUUUUCAAACAUCAAAAAUUUUAGAUUAUAAUUUAGAUGUUAGUUAUCGAUCUGUAUUUAUGGAUCCUGAUGCAUUUCCAGAAAAUCUAUCAGCUCCAUCAGGAAAUAAACGAUCUGAUGAUAAUGAAUCAGAUGAUUUACAAAAAUUUUUAGAUCAAGUUGAUCAUGAAAUUGAAGAAGUUAGAAAUAAAGGAUUAUUAAAUGAUGUAUCUAACUUGGAAAUGCAUCCAUCAUUUUGUGAACGUGCAAGAAAUUUAUGUUGCUGUGAGAAAAAGAAACCACCACCACCUGAAAGAUAUUAUGACAUACCAAUGAAACCAAGUCAUCUCCAUCCAAGUGUUAAAAAAUGGACAUGGCUUAGAAGUUAAUUAAUACUAUUUUCUUUCUAAACUAAACUCAAUUCACAUUUCAAUUUACAAAAACCAAAAUUCAAAAAAUUUAAUACAGAACAAAUAUAACAUAAAUAUGUAUAACCUAAUGCUAAAUAUUUGCUUUAUUUUUUUAGACUACUUAUAUUCUUAUUCAGUAGUCUGCUAUGAUAAACAACAUUUUAUUUUGAAAAGCUUUCAUAUCUACUUUCUUAAUUAAUAUUUAUUUAUACAUAUCAAAUCGAACUGGAUCUAACUAAUUCAACUAGAUUCCUUUCUAAUAUAACAAUGUUUAUCACUAAUUGAAUUCAUCAAAGAUAAUGAAAUGAUCAUUCACUAAUGAUGAUUAUGUAGUGAUGAAAUGAAAAUACUAAGAACAAAACAUUCUUUGAAACAUUCCAUGAUUUAUUGAUAAUCAAUAUUGAUUGAUCUCUAAUCAAUUGAUUUUAUUACAGAGAUGAUCAUUAUUUUUUUCCCAUAACAAUAAUGAGAUUCAUCUAAAUAAUCAUGUUCAGUAUCAAUACACAUUAAUAAUAGUAAUAAUAAUAGUAAUAACCAGUUCCUAAUGUAUAUUAAAUGGUGAUAUUUUAUGUAUGUGAUAAACAUACUACUUAUUUCAUUGUAUUCAAUUGUUAUUUGAUCAAUGUAAUUUCAAUACUUCAUAUGUAUGAUUCCGUUGUGAGUUUGUUUAUUCUAAUUCAAUGAAAUUAGUACCAGAA